CACUGCAUUUACUACUUACUACUUAUCACAAAAUUUAUUUAGGGCCAUUCUCCAUCUCUUUCUUACAAUCUCCCAUAACAAGUCCUAACUGCCCCUUUUAUUUAUCACUUGUAGCAGCAGCAGCAACAACUGUUUGAUUAAUCCAAGCUUCUUCGCUACUCUCGGAAAGAAUUACUUUUUCACCAUUUCUUGUAUAUUGUUCAUACAAAAACAAUGGCUGAACGUCCUCGGAAGCAAGCCAAGAGUACUGCGAGAUGCUCUUCAGAAGAAGUGAGCAGUAGCGAAUGGGAUUUCAUCAAGAUGGCUGAACAAGAAGAAGAUCUCAUCAACAGAAUGUAUAGGCUGGUUGGCAACAGGUGGGACUUGAUAGCAGGCAGAGUUCCAGGGCGAACAGCAGAAGAAAUAGAGAGAUUUUGGAUAAUGAGACAUAAUGCAGAAUUUGCUAGGAGAAGAAAUGAGUUUGAAAGUUGAAGCUCUACGUAUUUGAUCCCUCGCCCUCUAGUUUUGUGCUUUUAAUAUUUAUAUUUUUUCAUAAUUAAUUAAUUUUGGCCAUGCAUUGUAAUAAUAAUUGCUAGCCAAGCAAGAAAGAAUGCAUGUCCAUGCACACUCAUUUAUGUCAGUUAUAUUCUACCAGGAAUGGAAAUGUCGAUUCAAAUA